AUGUUGGAUUCGGCUGCUGCUUUCAAGGAUCGUGCUGCCAGCAUCGGAGUGACUGCAGCUGAGCUUGCGAGACUAGAGGUGCUCAACCUGGACACCUUUGGGAAGCUGGCAUAUGGAUGCAGCUAUGUGCCAGGACAAGCGGACGACCAGCCGCUUCUGACGCUUAUAGAGAGAGUGUGUGAAGCUGCGCCACCCCCAGAGGAACGUGUGCCAGUCAUUAGACGCCUUUUCUUCGAGAGCUACACAUUGGCCAAUGCAGACUUGAGGUGGGAACAGUGCACAAAACGAGAUCAAGAGCUUCUUGGAAUUCGACAUGACCCUCUGUGGAAACCUGGUGCAGAUGGAGUUGUGCGAGAGGUCAGACAGAAGGAAGAAGCCCUUGCAGACACCAGUUCUGACUUGCACCUGAAGUACUGUUUGCAGCGCAGGAGUCUGGCGCUGGAUCAGGCUAGGAUCAUCGACUACGAAAAGAUGGAGCGUUGGUCCAGGACUAUGCUGGAAGCUUACUCAGCACUUCCAAUCGAUGGCUACAAGAAGGUCAGUCUGGAUCAAAUCCAAAGGGCAGAUUUGGAACUCUUCAAAUUCCUCAUGAAGCACAGCAGGGAAGGAAUCCGUCCCAGUGGUGGUGUGGCCCCCCUUGAAGCUAUCCUGGAUCGUGCAAUCACUUCAGCGGAAAUUCGACUGCGCCUUGCUCCGUUGCCAGCAGGGUCAGGCAGUGGCAUCAAGCGAAAGCAUGAUGACUUGGAACCGGAGACCGCCAACAAAGCCAAGCACUCGCCGGAUGACAUUGCCAAGUUGAAACGCACCAUCGAGAACCUCACUGGGCAAGUUCGCAAUUUGAAAAGUCGUGGAUCGUCGAAACAGCCACCAACAGGCAAAGGAAACAAAGGCCUGGGUCGUGGAAGCAAAGGCAUGAUGGGUCGCUCUUACAAGUCUACGGUGAAAAUGCCCCCAGAGCUUGUUGGGCAGUCUCCCAUGACAGAUCAGGGAGAGCCUAUUUGCUACAGCUACAAUUUGGAUGGCUGUAACGAGGCGGCCCCUGGACAGCGCUGCCCACGAGGAUGGCACAUGUGCACUCGUCCUGGAUCCAAAGGUUUUAGAGCAAUGGCAGUGGAUCAGAAGUCCAACAAGCAUAAACAGGCUUAUGCCACAGUGGCCUUAGACCUUGCUAGUGAAGAAGCGGUAAAAUUUUUGCUGUCACUUCUGAAGCAGCCGGGUCGAGUUUUCUAUGUGCAUGCUGCGCCUCCAUGUGGAACGUGUUCUCGGGCCAGGGAGCGUCGUCUCAAGAGAGCAGUGCGUCGCCUUGGAGUGAAGGAGCCUUCCCCUUUGCGGAAUGCACAAUUCCCACAUGGUCUACCCACAUUGCAAGGCACUGACUUGAAGCGGGUCACCCUGGCCAACCGCAUCUAUGCCAACAUUGCAACAGUGUUGUCCCAAGCAAUCAUUGCCGGUGCCUACGUUUCUGUGGAGAACCCUACUCGUUCCUGGAUGUGGCAAACGAGUUGGAUGAAGCAGCUCAUUGAACGAUUCAACCUGCGUGCAGUGACUUUCCAACAAUGCAUGCAUGGGGGAAAGCGUGACAAGUGGUCUACGUUUUACACCAACGCGCCCUGGUUGACCUUCUUGGCUAUGGAAUGUGAUGGGCAACACUCUCAUCUGCCGUGGGGUGUCACCAAGGAUGGCAAAAAGUAUAAGUUCAAUACUGCAGAAGAAGCGGAGUACCCUCCUGUCUUGUGCGAGCGGAUAGCAGCUGCCACCUCAGAGGCAGCCUUGCAUGCAGGUGUUCAGGAAGUGGUACCUCUGCCGAAAGCCCCUUCUCGACCAGCCCCUUCAAAGAUGGCUGCUGCCGGUCGACAGCCACGUGGAAACCGCCUGCCAGAGGAAGCAGCCUUCUUUGGCGUGCCCGCUCACACCAAAGCCCUCACAUGUGAAAAGCGGCAAGGAGCUGAUGAUGAGGGCCAGAACCCAAUGAAGUUGUGUGCGAAGCUCGCCAUCCUGAGGACAGAGGCGGAAUUCGUGGAAGAGGCACUGAAGUUGAGUCACCCGUUUGACUCUUCGGAAGCGGUGACAGACGACAUCAAGAUGUACAUCUUUGAAGUCCUCACUGAAGGGCCAGCGGCAAUGGCAACCAAGCGGCAGAAAGCCUUGGAAUACUAUGCCAAAAGAGCUGUAGAACUUCAAGAAGAAGAGGAAAAGCUGCACGCCCAGCUGCCAGCAAAUAGAAGAGCCUUGGUUGAGGACAAGAGAGGCCUUCUUUUGGCCGAGAUGUGCCGUGAUGCUGGUGUCCACGAUGAUGGUUUAGCAGACUUGCAACUGUCGGGAGCCCCCUUGACAGGGAUUUCAGGUGCAACAGGCCUUUUCUCUCCUGUUGAACAACAACCUCCUGCCAUGGAUGACACCCAGCUCAUGAAAUCCUCGAGAUGGAGUAGGAAGAUGGUUGCAGCGAAGGAUUCAGGUGUAGCAGAUGUCAGCCUGCAGGAGGAGGUGUGGAACAUCACCAUGGACGAGGUGAAAAGAGGAUGGCUCCAAGGGCCCUUGACAGAGCCCCAAGUGCGAAAAGAACUAGGGCCACUUUAUGUGGUGUCACCGAGGUUCGGCUUGAGGCAGUCGGACAAAACUAGACCCAUAGAUGAUAUGUCGAUCAGCUUGGUGAACUCGAGCUUCUCGGCAAGCUACCUUUUGGAAUUGGAUGGAGUCGAUGGAGUGGCAGUUCUGGCAAGGACAUUCGCAGGUGCAGUGGAUGACAGUGGUACUGUUCGCUUAGCGCUCAGUGAUGGCCAAGUCAUAGAAGGCGAGCUUCAUCCUUCCCUGAACUUGGAUGAGGCCAGGAGAAUUCUUGGUCGCACCUUGGACCUGGACUCGGCCUACAAGCAGCUGCUUGUGCGUCAGUCAUCGCUAUGGGCAAGCGUCUUGCAGGUGAGGAAUCCAAGUGGUGAGCCUUUUCUCUUCAUUUCGCAGGUGCUGCCAUUUGGAGCUUCGGCCUCAGUUUACUGCUUCAAUAGGUUUUCGAAAGCUUUGCAGAUGAUUGGUGCUCGCUUAUUUUCACUUGCCUGGGUGUGUUAUUUCGAUGACUUCACGCAGUUUGAUUUGGCUGCCAUGGGUGACUCUUCGCAAAUGACGGCGGAGAAGUUUCUGGAUUUGGUGGGCUGGAAAUACUCCGUAAAAGAAGCAAAACGAAAGCCUAUGUCUCCCAUUUUCUCGGUGCUAGGAGUGGAUGUGGAUCUGAGUGCCAGCAAGUCUGGCUUGGUUUUAGUGCGCAACAAAGAGUCGAGAGUUAACCAGAUUCAGCUUGAAAUCUCAGAGAUUGUAAGCUCCAGAGCCUUCAGCUCCUCUACUGCCUCGUCUUUGCGUGGUCGAUUGCAGUUUGCUGAAAGCCAGACUUUUGGGAGAGCUAUCAGCUUGUUCAUGCGCUCUUGCAACUCCAGAGCCACCGGGGCCAAGCCGGGCUCAAACUUGGAUGAUGACAUGAUGAAGGAGCUCCAAUGGGCGAAGGGCUUCAUAGCAGAAGAUUGUCCACGAAUCCUGAAAGUUGACCAAAGCAGUGUCAGAGUAGUUAUCUUCACAGAUGCAUGCCUGGAAGACAACGACAGGACGGCUGGCAUUGGCAUGGUUGCCAUGGUGUGUCGUGAUGGCAUUCCUACCAAAAAGUUCUUCCUCUCAGAGCGUGUGCCCAAGGAAGUGUUGGAAAAGCUUCAAGUGAACACGCCGAAAGUGAUUGCUGGCCUGGAGCUUUUAGCUGCAGUGAUGGCAGUUGAUAUACUCAAAGAUUUUUUGGUAGCAAGGCGUGCCUUUCUUUUCAUCGACAAUGAAGCUGCGAGAGCUAGCCUUAUUUCCAUGUGGUCACCUAUCUUCACUCAUGCUCGAAUGCUUCAACAUCUUUGGGAGUUAGUGAGAAGCAAGUCGAUCUUCAUGUGGACGUCGCGCGUGCCGUCGCUGUCAAAUGUGGCUGAUAAACCAUCGCGUUUCGAAAUUGUACAGCUUGUGGAGGCAGGUUUCAUCAGAAUGCGACCCAAAUGGCUGUAG